CUCCUAGGACCCUCCGCGCGCGCGGGCCGAGCCCGCCCAUGAAGCCGCCCGCAGCGCAGAGCAACCCGGCGGCGGCCGCGGCCGCAGCCCCAGCCUUGGACUCGGCGGCCGCCGGGGACUUGACGGAUGCGCUGUGCGAGUUUGACGCGGUGCUGGCCGACUUCGCGUCGCCCUUCCACGAGCGCCACUUCCACUACGAGGAGCACCUGGAGCGCAUGAAGCGGCGGAGCAGCGCCAGCGUGAGCGACAGCAGCGGCUUCAGCGACUCGGAGAGUGCAGAUUCGCUCUGUAGGAACAGCUUCAGCUUCAGUGAUGAAAAACUAAAUUCUCCAACAGACUCUGCUCCGGCUCUCCUCUCCCCGACCGUCCCUCCUCGGAAAGCUAAACUGGGAGACACGAAAGAGCUAGAAGACUUUAUUGCUGAUCUUGACAGAACAUUAGCAACUAUGUGAAACAAGACCUUCUGGGUCCUUUCAGCGUCAGGAAGAGGCUUCAGAAAGCGCUGGGGACCCUGGCAAAAUGAGCCACAGCAUUAGCUGCCGGAGCAGACAGAGAUACGCGCUCACCUGCCAGCAGGCCGAUCUCGGACUCGUUCUGAAACCAGCCUUUGAUCAUCUCUGGGCGAUUUAGAGAGUGAAACUGACUUCGUUUACCGGCUUGCAGCAUCCUAGAACAGAUGAUCCACGCUAACAUUGUAUUUUCUCUCAAAACAUAGCUUUCCUGUAAUUUAAAGUGCAUUCAUGGAAAUAUCUGUAAUUAAUUAUAUAUAGUUGGAAACAGUAAUUUGCUUUUCCCAGUAUAAUAUAUUUUUGUAUGCAAAUAAAAUUUGAACUGGAGUCUGUA